AAUAACAUUUCAAAUCUCUACAAAAACUAAAGGUUUAAUGGACAAAAAUUUGCACUUAUGUAUAAAAAACUUAGCUAGGAAAAUAAAUAAAUUUACAAAAAAUUAAUUGUAACGUGCUGAAGUGUUUCCAGAAAAGUGCCUUUAUGCAUCAGACGUUUAGCCAACGGUCCGUGGUAUUCUGGUAGCCAGACUAACCAUCAAAACAAGAGCUCUGAUGCCACCCAGUGUUCAAUCUUUGAUCAGACUUGUACAACAUACAGAACUACAGACUGCUGAUGUCUUAAUUUUUGCUCUCAGUGAUGUUUUAGAAAGUAAUAAACAUAAGCCUACUUACUUGCCUAAUUUAUCUGACAAACGCAUACAGCUCUUGCAUAUGUGACAUAGUGUCCUCACACAUGUACGAACAAAAACACCUUGUGUUUAUUUAUACAACACAGUUAUCCGUCUAUCUGCAUGAGAAGUAUGUUUUUAAUAUGGGUCAGUGGUCUCUGGUUCUCUGGUCUGUUCACGAGCGUCCCACUCCCAUGUAAAGUGCACGAUCACGCAACACCCCUCGAUCUGACGCCAGUCGAGACUCACACCAUUUACGGAAUCAAGGUGACGCGGUUCGUAAUUAGGGACGACAUUUAAAGGACCACGAGUGUCCCGAAAGAAAAGUCCGCGAUGGCUUCAACACCGUCCGCCUCAGCGCUGUCCGCUGUUCUCCGGUGUCAGGGCAAUAUACUCGCCCGAAAGCAGGCGAACAAGACGCGGCCCGCGGCAUCGGUGUACGGGCUCGGGAUGAAGUCUUCUGACAGGUCGUAUUUUCGUGCGCUCUUGGGAUACUUAUUUCACUGGGAGAAAUUGGAGAUUCCGGGUCUUUUGUCUGUUUCGAGGCGCUGUUCAAGACAAUCUGCUAAAAGAAACCCCGAAGCCAAAGAUCAGCUGUUUAAAAACUCGCUUUUGUCAAAGAACUGCAACAAAACGAAGCUCAAGUCGGAUUGUAACGGUGCUGCGUUUCAAUCUGAGCGGAAUAGUAUUUUAUCCCGAAGCAACCUGGUUCUACGAGUGGGUGACACGCAUUUGAGACAAAACAUUUCGGAGCGUCCACGGACUUUCUGUGUUUGUAUAGUUUGUGCUCAGAAGAGCACUUUGAACCACAAUGAAACGGAUUCGUUAUUUCCUCUCGGUUUGCUGUCGUUAUUAAAGAAUAGACUGCUGUGUCUAACAGCUGCAGUGUCUGACACCGUGCGGAUGAGACUGGAAAUAGACCGGACGAACCAGAUCGAUCCGGAUUGUGAUAAGCUGAGUGGAUGUGUUCAGUAUAACACAAAAGACCACAAGAAAGCUGAAUCUGAGACUUGGCAGAGAGAAGCUUCUGAACCUGAGGAAUGAAUCUCCUGCAGAUCGUUUGGACAACUUGCACCUUACACAAAUGCACCUUCAGGCUGUCUAAAGAUUGAGAGACAUAUUGAUUGGCUAAUAUGUGGAUUUUUGUAAUGCCAGUGUAACCGCACUGUAUGUUCUGGCUUGCAUUGUCUUGUAUGAAUGUGCUCUGUCAUGGUAUAGCUUUUAUACUUUUAAUACUGUAUUGUUGUACACAUGAAGUUUGCCUUAGGAAUAAUGAAUGUAAAAAUAUUAUUUUAACGUUAAGGAAAUGUACAAACUGCUAACCAUGAGCAGACCUAAUAUCAAAUUAUAAAAAAAGCUGUUGAAUAGACAAAAUGGAAAGUGAUGUUGCAAUGUGCGCCUGAGUUUCUGGCUAAUAUCAAAUAACAUAUUCAACGGCUGUAUCAAUAAUAUUUUUUAGUACAAGAGUAAUCUUGAUUGUGUAAUAAUGCUUAAUUAAUGUAUUCUAU